CAUGGAGAACAGACAUUGCGGAUUUUACGGUUUGAUCAUCGUUUUCAUUGUUUUACUGCACUUCACAAAUGGCGAGCUGGAUUAUUCGAUUCAGGAGGAAACGAAGCUUGGUUCUAUCAUUGGAAACGUUGCAAAGGAUCUUGGGAUUGAUGUGGGAAGAAUGACUGCUCGCAAAGCUCGGAUUGAGACGGAACGAAAUAGCAGAGGGUACUGUGAGAUAAAUCUUCGCACCGGAGACCUGACUGUCGCGAAGAGAAUAGACAGAGAAGUGCUCUGUGGAGAAAAGGCUUUGUGCAUUCUCAAAUUUGAGCUACUAUUGGAAUUACCCUUAGAAUUACAUCAUAUAUCCCUGAAAAUCGACGACAUCAACGAUAACACACCACUGUUUCCGAAGGAUACAAUAAAACUGGAAAUUAGAGAAUCAGCUUACAAAGGAGCUCGCUACCGCGUCAACGCGGCCCAUGAUGCAGAUAUAGGCCAGAACGGCGUACAAAGCUACAUGCUCAAGGAAAAUAGACAUUUUGCUUUAAAUACACAAACCACAAGUGCUGGAAUCAACUAUGCCGAAUUGAUUUUAAACCAUGAAUUGGACAGAGAGGAACAACAUGAAAUUACAUUAUUUUUAACGGCUCUGGACGGUGGUUCUCCUCAGAGAUCAGGUACUCUAACCAUAGACGUCACUGUGUUGGACGCUAAUGAUAACGCCCCAGUGUUUAGUCAGGCCAUGUAUGAGGCCAGGCUGCCGGAAAACUCUCCGCUGAAAACCCACGUGAUCACUGUUAGUGCUACCGACGCAGACGAGGGCGUUAACGGAGAGGUUACAUAUGGGUUUAACAAAAUGUCUGAGAAGUCAAGAAAGCUUUUUUCACUUGAUCAGAAAACAGGUGAGGUUACUGUUAUAGGUGACAUUGACUUUGAGGAAGGAUCAAAAUAUGAAAUAUAUAUAGAGUCCAAAGACGGUUAUGGUCUCUCUACGGAUACAAAAGUUAUAAUAUUUAUUACUGAUGACAAUGAUAACGCUCCUAUUAUAUCGAUAAAAUCGUUGACCAAUCCAGUGCCUGAGGAUGUAUCACCUGGUACAGAGGUUGGACUAAUUAACGUGGAGGAUAUAGAUUCAGAGAAAAACCGACAGGUCCGCUGCUUCAUUCAACAAAACAUGCCAUUUAAACUAAUUCCUUCUAUCAAAAACUAUUAUUCUCUGUUGACCACCGAUAAAUUAGAUCGUGAAUUAAUGCCUCAUUAUAACAUUACAAUUACUGCUAUCGACGUGGGCUCUCCACCUCUGUCCUCGUUAAAAACCAUUCAAGUCUCUAUCGCUGACGUCAAUGACAACCCACCUGUGUUUGAGGAACAGUCGUAUAGCAGCUAUGUCCCUGAGAACAACAAACCGGGCCACAGCCUGUGUUCUGUUAAUGCCCAUGACCCAGACUGGAGGCAAAACGGUACAGUGAUCUAUUCUCUUUUACCUGGUGAAGUCAACGGUGCUCCAGUCUCCUCUUAUUUUUCUAUUAAUGGAGACACGGGAGUGAUCCAAAGUGUCAGGUCAUUUGAUUAUGAACAGUUUAGGAGCUUUAAAGUCUACGUAAUGGCACGAGACAACGGUUCUCCUCCACUCAGCAGCAACGUGACUGUGAGUGUCUUCAUAACGGAUGUGAAUGACAACACUCCUCAGAUACUUUACCCCGCCCCAGAGGGACACUCCUUCAUGACUGAACUGGUACCCAAAGCUGCACAAGGAGGUUCUCUGGUUUCCAAGGUGAUAGCUGUUGAUGGGGACUCUGGACAGAACGCCUGGCUGUCCUAUCACAUCAUUAAGUCAACUGAUCUGGGACUAUUCAAAAUCGAUCUUCACAGUGGGGAGAUCAGGACCCAGAGAGAUAUUUCUGAUUCUGACAACAUGAAACAGAACAUUGUAGUCGCUGUAAAGGAUAACGGACAGCCCUCCCUCUCUGCUACAUGUUCCAUGUUUUUACUGAUUUCUGAUAACUUGGCUGAAGUACCAGAACUGAAGGACAUGGCUUAUGAAGAUAGCAGUUCUAAAUUAACCUCUUAUCUGAUCAUCGCGCUGGUAUCCGUCUCCACCUUUUUCCUGACUUUCAUUAUUAUCAUUCUGGGAUUGAGGUUUUGUCGGAGGAGAAAGCCCAGACUGUUAUUUGAUGGAGCGGUUGCUAUUCCCAGCUCUUACCUCCCUCCAAACUACGCAGAUGUGGACGGUACUGGAACUUUACGCAGCGCAUAUAAUUAUGAUGCGUAUUUAACCACUGGAUCUAGAACAAGUGACUUUAAAUUUGUCACGUCUUACAAUGACAACACACUGCCUGCAGACCAGACCCUGAGAAAAAAUCCUACUGACUUUGAAGAAGUGUUUGGAGACCUUGAUGUUUCCCCUGAGGUAAAUAGAUACAAUUUUUAACUCCUAUUAUGUUUCCACUAAGAAAUAUGCUCCGUCAGCUUCUCUCCAUUGCAUCUCAUAUUGGGAGCUCUCUUUGGCAGUCAGCAUUGUAUAAUGCAUCGUUUUUGCAACAAUUUCGUCUUUGCACAAAUGGUGAUUUUCUUGAUUUGUAUACUUAAUAUUUUCACAAUUAAAUUGAGUACAGUUGUUUAUUUCGAUUUUGCAUUCCAAAUAUCAGGCCUUCAUAUUAUGAACAUAAUUGUGGUACGACACACGUUUUUUUGCUGAAGAACCAGUUAUGGAUGUAACAACCCAUUCUUUCUUUCUGUGCUGUACGAUGUGCAGCACCUUAAUUGGGUAUGUGGUAGAAUUUCUGUUUUUCUUCCCCCUAUAACUUUCUCUGUGCCCAGUCUUUCACCACUAGUCCCACUUGGUUGUUGAGUUUUUGGAGGAUCCAGCAUCUACUGCAGAGUUUCCUGUGUUAUCCGAGGAUUUUAUUGUUAUGACAAUGUGUGUUAGCUGCUCCAACCAAUCACGCACAGUUAUACUAUCUGGAGGACUGACUGAGGUGUUGAACGACCUGUAUGCUGAGCCCUGUCUGAUGGAUCUCUAGCUGUUACUACUGACGGAUCGCGUGCUAUGUUGCUGUCCAUGGUGCUUGGAUGUCCUUUCUGCACUGUUUAACGUUGUAAUGCCUUCAUAAAUACCAUACCAUGUAAUUUACAUUAUUAUGCCUAAUUGUAAUAAUUUCCACUUAAUUCGUUUUAUUGUUGAACAAAGCCUUUAUUGUUUCCCUUUCAGCUCAAUUACAAGUCCAGAAAUAACGACGGUGAAAGGAAAACUAUAUUCAAUAGACGGCCUAUUUGGUGUGACAUGAUUAACGUCCACUCUGAAUAUGUUACACUUCCUACUGACUCAUGGUGUCGCCAUGCACCAGCAAGUGAGUUCAACAGACUACAAUCGUCUGCAUUUCCACCCACCACGUUUUGACGCGAGCAGAAUGCUACAAAGCUUGGACAUCGCUCACCAGCGGUAUUUGAGUCGAAUGAUCUUUUCGUUCCUUCCAUCCAAUCCAUUCCUUUAGACCGUUGUUGGCAAUCUAGUAACAGUCGUUAGCCUACAUGGAAUAUUGCUCUGUUUUACAAUGGAACAGAGUCGAUUGGGUCUUUGCGUCUUUUUAUUUUUUGGACUGCAUUUCGUUCAUGGCGACCUGAGCUAUUCUGUUCAAGAGGAGGUAGAGCGUGGAUCUGUUAUUGGAAAUAUCGCAAAGGAUCUUGGAUUGGAAGUCGGAAUAUUAUCUACUCGUAAGGCUCGUAUUAAAACGGUGGGAAGCGAACGGAGGUAUUGUGAUGUCAAUCUUCGGAUCGGAGAGCUCAUUGUUUCAGAGAGAAUUGACAGAGAGGAACAACACGGAGAAAAGGCUUCGUGCGUUCUAGAUGAAGCUGCAUAUGGAAUCUCCUUUGGAAUUACACCGUAUAUCCAGUGGCGGUGGGUCAAUAGAGGGUGCUAGGGCGCCGCCCCUCCGUGAAAUAUUCACUUGAAUAUGUCUGUCAACUAUUAAUCAACUAUUAUCAAUACGAAAUAAAUCAACAAAAA